UCCCAACCUUCCCAUCUACGGAAUUCCAGCCUCGUUAGCCGUUGCAUUUGGCACCGUUUACAUGUUCUGUGCUGUUGGAGUUUACGUCUAAUAAGAGAUACCCCGAAGAAAGGUGCUACGAGCUUAAGAGAGCGUCGGUGUAUCAUAGAUGAAUUGAGGUUUCACACCAUUAUUUCGGAUCGUCAACCCUUUACGUUGUAUGAAUGUGAUAAGGUCUAUUAUCACUAAAACUUUCAACGCCUUUCCUUUUUCCUUCUACUACAGUCCACCAAGAAAGAGCACAUUUUACCAUGGCCUCGUCUGCUGGUUCAGAACCUCCACAGCAACCAAUAUUCCGAGCGGUAGCAAGCUCUACGAAGCAGAUAUAUCAGCUUCUCAAAUGCAUCAGCUUCACUACCAAGGUUCAUGUUCGAAUAACACAAGAUGGCAUUCGAUUUACUGCGGACCACGCACGUGUAAUGCAAGGUGUGGCAUUCCUAGAUCGAUCCCUUUUCACAUCUUAUGCUCUUGUUACCCAGUCAGAUGAAGCGAGUGACCUACCACAAUUUCAGAUGAACCUAGCAGCCCUGUUAGAAGCGUUACAAAUCUUUGGUGCCACAGACCAAGCUGCGAAGGCAGCGAAGGCAGAAUCAGAAUCGUAUCGCAGCAAUCUCCGUAACUACCGCCCAGAUGCCUUUAACCACCAGGCUUUAGGAAUGUCAGGCACGUGUUGUAUCAUGUACGAAGCGGAUGGAUCCCCACUGAGCAUCAUCCUAGAGGAAACUGGGUUGAAGACUCGGUGUAAUAUGACCACCUACACUCCUGAAUCCCCCGAUGAAAUUCCUUUUGACCGUGACGACCUGUCUUUCAAGAUUAUCAUGCAAGCUCGGUGGCUACUGGAUGCUCUUUCUGAGCUGGCUCCCAUGGCUCCAGCUCGCUUCACCAUCACCGCAUCACCAAAUGCUCCCUAUCUAAGUUUAUCAAGCGGUGGGGGCCUCGGUGGUGCUAGCGUUGACUUUUCAAGUGGCCGUGAGCUUCUCGAGGUUUUCUCAGUACAUGAUCGCUGGGUUCAGAGUUUCAAGUUCGACUUUGUCAAAUCUGCAACUGAGGCCAUGCGAAUAGCAAACAGAGUUAGUUUCCGCGGUGAUGGUCAAGGUGUUCUCAGUUUACAGUUUAUGGUCGAGGUCGAAGGUGGUGCCGUGAGCUUCCUUGAUUUUCGGUUUGUUCCUUAUGUCACCCAAGAAGAUAACGAGACAGAAUCAGAUGAUGGAGAUGUUUAAUGCAUUACGUUACUUCACAAUUCAAUGGCAAGCCCUCUGUGUAUAAUGCUAUGCGUCUAGUUAUCUAUUGGCCGAUGCUUAGGACCACUGAGGCUAUCUCGGUAGCCUCUCCAAUGUACCAAGCUUAAGUUCACGCGCCACUUACUUGGCUAUCUAAAAUGUUCGCUCGACUGGAACAGGCAGAUUUAGUAUCAAUGAUUAUAAUCGACCUUAUGUAACGAUCUUCUUUACGAGGCAUGAUUUGUACAACAAUAGCUGAGCGCUCAACUACAAAGGCCUAAGACAAUCCGAGACCUAUGUGUGUAGAUACACUCGGACAUGUCAAAGAACUGAAACUCGGAUAAUAUGAAUGGCUUAGUAUCCGCUCGCACUUCAAUAGAAUCUAACUAAGGUUAGA